AUGACUUGUGAAAUAAUAAUCAGACAAGCCCGUGAAGAAGAUGCUGCUCAACGUGCAGAACUGAUACAGAUUGGACUAUUAUCUCAUCAGUGGAACGCUUUUAUUUACUUUUUAUUUCAGGAGUUGACACUGGAAGCUGUUCUGUUGGUGGGUGCUGUGCUGUUCAUUUUCUGUGGAGCUUCACCAGUGGCAUGCAUUACUCUUGUGCCUGCAGCAGCUGCAAUUGUUGCCCUUGCAGUCUCAGUUACUCACCACUCCCUUGCUUCUUCACAUAAGAAGAACAUGCAGCAGGAGCAAUUUGGUGUGGUUGCAGAGAUGCGAGGUCCUCUUGGACUUGAGGUUCCCAAAGACUGUGUCCCAGUACGCACAAUGCUACAACAAGUCUCACAGCCCACGCAGCAUGUACAUGCCAAGUUGGUGGGGACUGUGAGUGUUUCAGAGUUCCAUGGACCCGGCGAUGCCCUCUGGCUUCAUUCACUCUCCGUGCACCCACAGUGGCGGCGGCGCGGCGCGGGGCGGGCGCUGCUGUGGGCGGCGCGCCGGCUGGCGGCGGCGAGCGGCCAGAGGGCGCUCGAGGCGCUCACCAGCGAGCUGCAGCCGGAGGCGCGCGCGCUGCUGCACUCGCUGGGGUGGGAGCUUCGCGGCACGUACGAGCGGCCGCUGGUGGGCGCCGCGCUCGUCCUGCCGCUCGCCAGGCUCGGCCUCGACUUGCCCUACGCC